AUGUUUCAAGCUAUAAAAAUCAGACCAGACGAUGCUCGCUUUCAUCGGUUUGUAUUUCGAGAGAAUCCUAGUCAUCCCAUCCAAGUGUAUGAGUUGACAACUGUUACAUUUGGAGAUAAGCCUUCACCGACUGCUGCCAUCGUGACCUUGAGACAUGUAGUAUCUGAGCAUGCACCUGGUGAUGAUCAGCUAAAAAGAAUUGUGGCUGACCAGUUUUACAUGGAUGACCUCAAUGAAUCGGUUGUUGAUGCGAAUGAGGCUUACAAGAUAAAGUCUAAACUUACCGAGACCCUGAAUAAAGGAAAAUUUGCUAUAAGAAAAUGGCAAUCUAAUGUACAGAAUUUGUGUGACAAAUCAGAAGAUAAAAGUGCUGCCACUGCUUUGGGAACCAGGUGGGACCUUGUGAACGACACAUUAAAGGUCAAAGAAGUAAAGCCGAUGCAUGGACUUGUCCCAACCAAGCGUAAUAUCUUAAAGCAAACCGCCUCUUACUAUGAUGUCUUCGGAAUGCUCUCUGGUAUUCUUGUUCGACCAAAGAUUCUUCUACAGAAACUAUGGCAGCUGAACCUUGAUUGGGAUACCCCACUUAACCAAAAAUGUGAGCUCUGUGCUAUAUUGAACGAGAUCAAUAAAGAUCUUGAAAAAACAACUAACAUUGAAAUUCCUAGAUGCCUCAUUCCAGAGCCUUUCAAAGGAGUAAGACCUUUGCCGGAAGUAUCUCUACAUGGUGCGAGCGAUGCCUCAGAAGAUGCCAUGGGAAUUGGAGUGUGGCUGAGAUGGUCUCAUCCUGAGAUGACUGUGGCUUAUCUGUCGUUUGUGUGUGCACGGGCCAGACUAACACCACUUAAGCAGUCAAGUAUUCCACGAAAAGAGCUUCAGGCAAUUCUGCUGUUGUCAAGAUUAAUGCUUACCGUAAAGAAUGCUUUAAGGUUCAACAUAGCAUACUCAAGGAUCUGGACAGACA